UGGCUGAGGCGCUGGCACACACACACUUACACACACACACUUACACACACCCUAUGCCUCGGGCUUGUUGUGCUCUUUGCUCGGUUCCUACAAUCGUCCCAACACACAGACAACCGCGAGGAGACCUAGUGCGUCAGUAGCGCGUAUUUUAGCCCCGGGCGCUGCCGCUGACUGAACAGAUCCCUCCCCGCUGCUGUUAUAAACUGCGCCUUUCACUUCUCACCGGUCUCUUUCACUGCUCCUCGCUAGGGGGCGCACGUUGAAAUGAAUCAGCAGGGAACUCCUCAGGAUUAAGGAAGAAGGAGACUUGCAGCAGGACUGGGCACAGAAACUGGCAGUCGCACCUUUUCUGCUUCAAGAUGCAGCCUGAAUGGCAAGGACUAUGCUCCCCACCAGGCACCCUGCCCAUCCACUGGAUUCACCCACUUUGAAUCACAAUAACCCCAUGCUGGGGCCACUGGAUUUCUUCUGUACCUUUAAGUGGCAGUUCACAAUGGCAAUCUCUGCAGCAACUUUAUACUCUCUUGUGCCCCCUUCUUCUUUUACAUGAAGGGGCCAAUAUAGUGUGACCUGCAGUUGAUACCACCAUCAUUUCUGUUGCUAAUAUGAGACUGACUUGCUGGGCAGGAUUAUUUUCCAUUCUUCUUUCUCUCCCUGAACCCUCCCUGUGGGAUCUGUGAAUGAGAAUAAUCGGGCAGCAGCUGUGCAGUCCCUCUGGUAUGAGGCACAGGAACAAGAUGCACUUCUUCAGGACUUACUCCUAUGAGAUUCAGCUGGAGCAGAGAGUGGAUAUUCACAGCUGCAUCCAAGGCAUCAGAUGGACGCCAUUACCUGAUAUCGAAUCUCAGGAGAAAUACAGCCAGACUGUGAAACAGGUGGUAACACAUAAAGUCUGGAGGGCAGCAAAGGUUUUGCACACUUACCUGCUUACCAUGUCGCCAGCCAUGAUGCGUGAUAGGAAACACCAUUUCCGCAACCACAGGCAGUGUUGCUCAGGAAAGGAACUUGUUGACUGGUUACUGGGCAUCAGCCAUGGCCUGCAGUCCAGAAGCCAAGCCGUGGGGAUAUGGCAAGUGCUGGUGGAUGAAGGAGCCCUUAUGCAUGUGAGACAAGAACCCAAUUUCCAGGAUAAAGACUCCCAGUUUUAUCGAUUCACAAGAGCUGAACCAUACGUUGACCCCAUGCUGAGUGACAGAGAUACAGAAGAGGAAAUGCAAGAGUCUCUAAUAUUCCUGUCUCAGUUGGGACCAGCUGCACUUCUAACCAUGAUUUUACGCAAGCCCCCUUGCCAACGCACUGAAGAAGAGCUGGAAGUGAUAUUUGAGGAGUUACUGCACAUCAAGGCAGUGUCCCAUCUUUCCAACUCGGUGAAAAGGGAAUUGGCUUCUGUUUUGAUAUUUGAGUCUCAUGCGAAAGCUGGUGCAGUGUUGUUCAACCAAGGAGAUAAGGGCACCUCCUGGUAUAUUAUAUGGAAAGGUUCUGUCAACGUAAUUACACACGGGAAGGGCCUGGUUGCAACACUUCACGAGGGAGAUGAUUUUGGGCAAUUGGCUCUUGUGAAUGAUGCCCCAAGAGCUGCUACUAUAGUCUUGCGAGAAGACAACUGCCAUUUUCUACGUGUGGACAAGCAUGAUUUUAAUCGGAUUCUUCGGGAUGUAGAAGCUAACACAGUACGACUAAAAGAACAUGGGAAAGUGGUUUUGGUUCUGGAGAAGAAUCCACAGAUAUCAACUGGGAGCAACCUCCAAACUCCUGGGGCCUCCAACCAAAAGUACACUGUCAUGUCUGGGACAUCUGAUAAAAUCCUGGAACACUUACUAGAGACUAUGAAGCUAGAUUCAUACUCAGGAGACUCCUUUGCAGGUGAUUUCCUCUUGACUCACAGUAUAUUCAUGCCAACAGCCCAGCUGUGCCAAGCUUUGCUGCACCAGUUCAACGUGGAGCAAUCAGAAGUGAAUGAGCCAGAAAAGGCAACCUAUUCUCUUCAGAAGCAGCAGAACAUCCUGCACCUUGUUAGCCUGUGGGUUUCUCUGUAUGGGAGGUUACUGGAGGCUGAACCAAGUGCCAAGAGCUUUCUAGAUAAACUUUCAGAACAUGUUAGCAGAGAUACACGUCUCCUUGCCUUUUGUAGAGAGAAUCUUCAGGAUAGGCGGAAAACCAGAACAUUGGAAGUGUGCAAUGGGAAUCACUCUCCCCAAAUAAAGAUUAACAGCUAUGGGAACCUUUUUUCCAAUCUGGAGGAGGAUGUAUCCAGCAACACAUAUACUAUCCGAGCUGGUGACAAAGUGCCUUACGAUAUUUAUCGACCGGACCACUCAUGUAUCACUACAAUGCUGCCUGUUAAUGCCUCUGUGCAAGAGGUGAUAUCGUCAUUAGCAACAAAGAAUGGAUAUAACAGAGAUCAUAUCAUAGUCAAAGUAAACUCAAGUGGAGAAAGGGUCUGUCUGAAACAUGAGGACACUGGUGUAUUCACAUCUCUGGGGCUCAAUGAAAGACUUUUCAUCUGCUAUACUCAUGAAUUGAACAAUGUGACCAUCCUCCCUGAACAACUGGGACCAAACACAAGCAGCUUUGAUAUACUGGAACUGAUCAGCUCCAAGGACCUUGCACACCAGAUGACAGAUAAUGACUGGAACUUGUUUAAGAGCAUUCACCAGGUGGAAUUGAUUUAUCACACCUUUGGGAAGCAGAGGUUCCGUAAUGCGACUACUGCAAACCUUGAGAGGUUCAUGAGGCGCUUCAAUGAAGUUCAGUUCUGGGUGGCGACUGAAGUGUGUCUGUGCCAGGAGGAGGAGCGGAGAGCACAGCUUCUGAAAAAGUUCAUCAAACUGGCAGCCUACCUCAAAGAACAGAAAAAUCUGAACUCAUUCUUUGCGGUGAUGUUCGGUCUCAGUAACACAGCCGUCAGCCGCUUGUCCAGAACCUGGCAAAAACUGCCAAACAAAAUCAGGAAACUCUAUUCAAUAUUUGAGAGGCUCAUGGACCCCUCAUGGAACCACCGAUCUUACAGACUUGCUGUAGCAAAACUAAGUGCCCCCCUGAUCCCAUUUCUUCCACUCAUCCUUAAAGACCUCACUUUCUUACACGAAGGAAAUAGAAGCACGUUGGACAACCUUGUAAACUUUGAGAAAAUGCGCAUGAUUGCAAAGACAGUGCAGAUGUUCCACCGCUGCCGCAGCCAGGCCUACGUUCCUCUAUCACCUUUAAGAACUCGGCCUGUAUACAUCCUUGAGGAUCCUAGUGCUGCCCGGAUAUCUGCAUGUUCAGAACACUCGAUGACCCUAAGAAACCCAGCUACAACAUGGGCUUACAUUCAGCAUAUGAAGGUGAUUGAUAAUCAGAAGAAACUGAUGGAGUUGUCCCGUAGCCUGGAGCCUGCUUCUUCUGCAUGAUCAUUAUAUAAGAGCAAGACAGAUUUGAAGUAAGAAAAAACUGCAACCCCGUCCCUGUAUCAGGGUCAAGAUUAGCAGAACACUUUUAUCGGCACUCCAGCUCUUGGAUUGUGAUUUCUAAAUUUUUCCCAGCAGUAUUUUUUAUGGUUUUUCUCAGGCAUUGGGAAUUUUUACUGUAUGGAAAACAGACUGCCAACAAAACAUUAACAGGCUACCACUAAACUGAAAUGUUUCUUGCUGCUUAAAGCGCCUUCAGGUAGAACCUGAGCAACGUCUUCCAUUCUCUGAUGCAAAUAAAGGUUUCUUCAGCUAAGGGAUGUCGGAACUUUGUCUAUCACUGUACUAAAAUCUUUUGAAUGUGUGGCAGACAUUUAAUAAAGGUUUGACGC